CACAGUCGUAACAUGAUAAUGUCACUACCUGUAUAUUGAAGCGAGCAGCCGAUAGGUACACCCUGGUAAUCUCAACACCAGUUAUAACAGCAAAGGACGGUCGAAGUACAGAGAUUAUGGCGUGCCUGAUGGAAACACGUGACUACGCAAACUUUGACCCAUACUGGUACAUUGAAAACCACAUUGGUAACGACUUCAUCGGCAUGCAACAAGAUCUUGACAGUCUCCAUAAGAUUUUCGCUGAAUGCAAAGUCAGUGGUAAGCGUCGUCUCCUAGAUGUUGGUACUGGUCCGACCGUCCACUCUGUGAUCACAGCCAGUAACCACGUGGAUGAAAUCUUUCUGUCAGAUUAUGCACCACAGAACCUUCAGUACUUAGCGAAAUGGCGAAAAGGAGAAAUAGCUCAUCCGAAGAAGUUGCUUGAUUACGUCCUAAGUCUUGAGGACCGCCUGAUGACUGCUGAGGAGAGAGAAAACGAAGUGAGAGAUAAAGUGAAAGGGAUUCUACCGAUUGACGUAACGUCAGAACAGCCACUAGGAAAAGAUUAUGAUGGCGGUAAAUUUGAUGUUGUUAUUUCGAGUCACUGCAUUGAUGCAGCGGUGUAUGAGGUUGACGAGUUAGCGAAGUGUAUGAAGAACGUGUCCAGUUUGCUGAAUGAGGGAGGGCUCUUCAUUAUUGCAUGCGACUUCGGAGCAACCUUUUUUCAGAUAGGAGAAUACAAGUAUGAUGGAUCGUCUUUUACCAAGGAGGAAGUCAAAACAGUAAUGGUAGAAGCCGGUUUUGAGAUCAAAGAAUAUCUUGAAAUUUCUAAUUAUGAACAUCAAUACUGCGAUGCUAAGGGUUAUUUUUUUAUUGCCGCGAGAAAAUUAUUUCUUUAGAUAGCAUCUAGUUAACAUCAUUAUACCCCCGCAAAAAAGUAUACUGGAAUCGGGUUGUCUGUUAGUCCGUCUGUUUGUAGAUACGUCUUCUCCGGACAGCUCCUCCUAAACCAGUGGACCAAUUUCAAUGACACUUCACACCAAUAGACAGAGACCAUGUGUAGAAUUGCAUACAGUUGUUUAAAUUCCAAAAUUUUGGUUGCCAUGGUUACUUUUCAUGUCCGGACAACUCCUAAACUUGUGAUCCGAUUUUCACAAAACUCCACGGGAAUAUUUGCAGAUGUGCAUGCAACUGUUUAAAUUCUUUUUUUUUUUUUCUUUGGUCAUGGUAACUGGUCACUAUUAACAGGUUUUUAUUGCCUAGACAACUCUUCCAAAACCGGUGGGCCGAUUCCAAUGAAACUGAAUACAAAUAGACAGGACCAUGUGUAGAUGUGCAUGCAGCUGUUAAAAAUCCACAAUUUUGGUUGCCAUGGUUACUGGUCACUAUUCAUAGGUUUUUCUUGUCCGGACAACUCCUCCUAAACUUUCAAACAGAUUUUCACAAAAUUACUGGAAUGUUAGGGAGCACGUGCAGGUGUGCAUGCGGCUGUAUAAAUUCCAAAUUUUGUUGUCAUGGAACCUGUUUAUUGUCAAGACAACUAUUCCAAAACUUGUUGACUGAUUUCAACAAAACUGAUGACUGAAUUCUCUUUAUUAUAUCAGAAAUAUGGGCAUGCGCAGGUUAUCUUAGUUAGCCUCUAAAUAGUUCCAGUUGUCCAUUGACUCAUGCGGAUUGCGGGGCUAUUAGUCAGCCAUCCUGGCGACAGUUCUAGUUUUUUGCUGUAUUCAGAAAAACAAAACGAAAAUUUAGAUUUCUAUUGUGUUCUGUUCAUUGGCACAUUUAUUAUGAUUUGCAUCAACCUCAUGUUACAUUGUAUUAAAUCGAACCAAAAUUGAUUGGUUGAUUCCGAAUAUCAACUUUUCCUGAAUAUUUCCUUCCUUAGGUGGGAAAGCGGCUUCGUAUUCAUCCCAAUUAUCCAAAACAGUUCUUCGAGGAUGCCUGGAUUAACGUGUACGUAGCUAUCCAAAUGUGAGCACAACAGGGCACAAACACGUGUGUAAACAAAACAGGUGGCAUGCAUGGGAAUGGAAAAAAAUAUUUAGUACCGACAUGAGAAAAAUACACAAACUGCUUGUAAAAUCAUUUAUUGUGGUUCGUUGAAGUAAUACUUAGUUUUCAUGUAUGUGAUUUGUCAUCAUGGGAGCAAGUGUAACUUCGAGCAUAACUUCAAUACGAACUUGUCAGGCUAUCGAGUCGAGAAUCCCGCAAAAGCAACAGGUCGAGGAGAGGUACUGCUUUCAUUAUCAUAGAGGUAUUCUACUGAAAUAGUUUUAUAGAACUAUAUGUAAACAGUAGCUUAUCGUAGUGCUUCCGCUGUAAAACAUAUACGUGACUGAAAGUGAGAGUUAUGGUAGGUACCCGCAUGACCAACGUUUUUUACGACAGUUGCUUAAAAUGAAACUAUCACAUGUGCAUGUUUCUGUAUAAUUGCCCCUUUUCAAAGAGAAAUGUCAAUUCUGUUUCAUAUGCUCAUUUGUUAAUUGUUUAUCCCACUUGAACUACAUUCUGCUGUCCCAUUCACCGUCACAAUCCAACAGGCCCGCUGCAAUCCGAACUGAAUAGCAAAACAUCUGAAAAAAAAGUUUUCAUUUUCUGUCUCCGGAGAUGCUAACUAUGGAAGAACGUAUCUAACAGUCGUAGUUUGUUAUGGCGGGAGGGUUUUAAUUUCCAAUCGGCUUACUGUACUCGUUAUACUUUAAUAUCACUAUUAACACGUUCCGGACAGAAUAUUUGUAUUGAAGCAUACUAACAUAAAAAUUAUAGUCAAUAACAUACGAACAAUUACGUGUUUUUUUUUAAUCUGAUUAUGACGCUAACAAUAUUAUGCUUGGAUCCAACUUACAAAGUGUUUUAGAUUUUGAA